AUGUUGAAACAGGAGGAUAACCCCGACCGAGGCACUAACGUAGACAGGAACUUUGAGGAGGAAGGCGUAGCAGAAAAAGACAUCAUGGAAACGAGAGAUCGCAGAGAUGCAGAAGAAACAAUGUCAAUCUCAUCAUCUCGAGCCUCGACGGCAUCAGAGCAUUCUACCAGUGCCGAUCAGCAGAGAACAUCGACGCCGAAACAACGACCAGUCACCCUAGCCAGAACUACCUCAGUCUUGCCCGAAGCUGUCGUUGUCCCGCGCUCACAGCGGCGUGGACUCCUCGCUCGCUUCGCUCUUAUCCCGGAAGUCGAAAACCCAGAGCACUACGCGCGGCAAACGAAAUGGUUCCUCACGUUUAUCGUCGCCUUUUGCGCCAUGGCAGCACCCAUGGGUAGCGCAAUUGUUAUGCCCGUACUGCAGGAGAUAAGCAUAGCCUUCAACGCGACCGAGACGGUGACCAACAUGAGCGUUGCUGUCUACAUGCUUAGCAUGUCCAUAUUCCCGUUGUGGUGGAGCUCUUUCUCGGAGCGACUGGGUAGACGUACGAUAUACAUAAGUUCCUUCAUACUCUUCGUCGUAUUUGCCAUUCUCUCCGCCAUCAGUUCCAGCAUUGCUAUGCUGAUCGUCUUCCGUGUCCUAUCCGGUGGCGCAGCAGCAUCCGUACAAGCGGUAGGUGCAGGAACUAUCGCCGAUAUCUGGGAAACGAGAGAGCGUGGAAGAGCGAUGGGCAUCUUCUAUCUUGGGCCACUUUGUGGUCCACUCUUCGCACCCAUCAUUGGUGGUGCUUUAGGCUCAGGACUAGGUUGGCGGUCAACACAGUGGUUCCUGGUCAUAUACGGCGGCAUGACACUUAUCUUCAUCAUUUUCGCUCUUCCGGAAACCUUGCACAGGAAAGAGAAACCAUCUGCCGACCCGACAGCACCACAGCCAAGCAACGACACCGAGAAAGAGCAGAGCACAACGCUCGGAAGAAGCACCACACACGCCUCUACUGUUCAGAGGACUAAGAGUAUCCUACUCCACCUACGCCACAUCUUCAUCGACCCACUACGCAUCAUAGCAUGGCUCCGCUUCCCACCCGUUCUUCUUACUGUCUACUAUGCUAGCAUAACAUUCGGCAGUCUCUACAUCCUCAACAUCAGCAUCCAAUCCACCUUUGCCGCCCCACCCUACUCUUUUUCCACUCUCAUAAUCGGCCUGCUCUACAUCCCUAACUCCGCCGGCUAUCUCCUCGCCUCGCUCUUCGGCGGUAAAUGGAUCGAUAGUAUCAUGCACCGCGAAGCCCGGAAAGCAGGACGUUACGACGAUCGAGGCAAGCUCAUCUUUCGCCCUGAAGAUCGUAUGAAGGAGAAUGCGUGGAUUGCUGCGAUUCUUUGGCCGUCAGCUCUUAUAAUCUAUGGAUGGACGGCGGAGAAAGGGCUCCAUUGGAUCGUGCCAAUGAUCAGCAACUUCUUCUUUGGUAUAGGUAGUAUGCUUAUCUUUGCGCUGGUCAAUACCAUGCUCACGGAGUUCAUGCCUCGGCGCGCGGCGUCUGGGAUCGCUCUGAACAAUUUUGUGAGGAACAUCUUCUCGUUCACGGGCGCGGUAGUCGCAGAGCCGAUAUUGAGCGCGAUAGGAAACGGGUGGUUGAUGACGAUUCUUGGCAUUUGGAGUGUGGUCACGGGGUGUGCGGCGCUGUAUGCAAUGGGAAGAUGGGGUUCCAAGUGGAGGGAAGCUAUGGUCAAGGUUAUGGGAUGA